UGCGGCUCCAGGAAACGGCGCGCUCCCAGCUCUGCGCUCGGCCACCCGACGCGCCCCAGACGACCCCGCCGAUUCAGCCAGACCACCCGGCGGGCCCCAGCGGUGGCAGCGGAGAGUGCAGUCCCCGGUCGGAGUCUGGGACACCUCCGCACGGACGGGGCGGGCGGCGCGGACAGGCCAUGGGGACCCGGGCCGGGCCAGCAGUGGCGGGCCAGCGGGAGCCCCGGGCCUGAGAAGUGGGCGGCCGGGCGGCGGGGGCCAUGACCUCGGUGUGGAAGCGCCUGCAGCGCGUGGGCAAGCGGGCGGCCAAGUUCCAGUUCGUGGCCUGUUACCACGAGCUGGUGUUGGAGUGCACCAAGAAAUGGCAGCCAGAUAAGCUGGUGGUGGUGUGGACCCGGCGGAACCGACGCAUCUGCUCCAAGGCCCACAGCUGGCAGCCGGGCAUCCAGAACCCAUACCGGGGCACCGUGGUGUGGAUGGUACCUGAGAAUGUGGACAUCUCCGUGACCCUCUACAGGGACCCCCACGUGGACCAGUAUGAGGCCAAAGAGUGGACAUUUAUUAUUGAAAAUGAGUCUAAGGGGCAGCGGAAGGUGCUGGCCACGGCCGAGGUGGACCUGGCCCGCCAUGCAGGGCCCGUGCCUGCCCAAGUCCCGCUGAGGCUGCGGCUGAAGCCGAAGUCAGUGAAGGUGGUGCAGGCUGAGCUGAGCCUCACUCUUUCCGGGGUGUUGCUGCGGGAGGGCCGUGCCACGGACGAUGACAUGCAGAGUCUUGCAAGCCUCAUGAGUGUGAAGCCUAGUGAUGUGGGCAACUUGGAUGAUUUUGCUGAGAGUGAUGAAGACGAGGCUCAUGGCCCAGGAGCCCCCGAGGCCCGGGCUCAAGUCACCCAGCCAGGCCGGGGCGGUGCCCUGAGGCCGGGGCGUUUCCCAGAUCCCUCUCGAGAGCUGAAGACGCUUUGUGAGGAGGAGGAGGAAGGUCAAGGACGACCCCGGCAGACAGUUGCCAGCCCUUCUAAUGCUGAGGAUACCAGCCCAGCCCCUGUGAGUGCUCCUGCACCCCCGGCCAGAGCCUCCCGAGGCCAGGGGCCAGAACGAGCUACUGAAGCCGGGGGCCAGGUGGGCCCUGAGGCCCCAAGGCCCCCGGAAACCUCACCAGAGAUGAGGUCUUCAAGGCAGCCAGGCCAGGACACGGCCCCAACCCCAGCCCCUCGGCUCCGGAAAGGCUCUGAUGCCCUCCGGCCCCCAGUCCCCCAAGGGGAAGAUGAGGUUCCCAAAGCCUCAGGGGCUCCUCCAGCAGGAUUGGGCUCUGCUAGGGAGACCCAGGCCCAGGCAUGCCCUCAGGAAGGGACAGAAGCCCAUGGAGCUAGGCUGGGCCUGAGCAUUGAGGAUAAAGGCUCUGGAGACCCUUUUGGAGGGCAGAGAGUCAAGGCUGAAGAGAUGGGCACUGGGGACAGUCCAGAGGCCAGUGGGGUGGACACUGAGCCCAGGUCAGGAGGCAGAGAGGCAAACACUAAGAGGUCAGGAGUCAGAGCUGGGGAGGCUGAAGAGAGUUCAGCAGUUUGUCAAGUGGAUGCUGAGCACAGGUCAAAGGUGAGACAUGUGGACACUAAGGGACCAGAGGCAACAGGGUUGAUGCCUGAGGCAAGAUGCAGGGGGACCCCUGAGGCUCCUCCAAGGGGCUCUCAGGGGAGGGUGGGAGUCAGGACGAUGGAUCAGACUGUAGGGUACUCUGGGCAACUUGGUGACCUGAAGGGGGCCAGGGCUGCUGCAGGCCAGGAGAGAGAGGGUGUAGAAGUGAGGGGCAGAGCCCCUGGCAUUGAGGGGACAGGCCUGGAGCAGGGCCCCUCUGUUGGAGCAGUAAGCACCAGGCCCCAGGUGAGCAGCUGGCAGGGGGCCGUGUUAUCACCUGCCCAGGGGGCAAUAUCCAGGGGUCUGGGAGGCUGGGAGGCAGAAGCUGGGGCUUUAGGGGUCCUGGAAACAGAGACUGAGGUGGUAGGGUUGGAGGUGUCAGGAACCCGGGAGAAAGAAGUUGAGGGGUCAGGGUUCCCAGAGACUAGGACACUAGAAAUUGAGAUACUGGGGGCCUUGGAGAUAGAAGCAGUAAGAUCAAGGGUCCUGGAGUCAGAGCUUGCUGGGACAGGACAGUGUGAGGGACUGGAGACCCAGGAAACAGAGGUGGGGGUCAUAGAGACCCCAGGGACAGAGACUGGGGCGGCAGAAUCUGAGGUACUGGGGACUCAGAAAACAGAGGCUGGGGGUUCAGGAGUUUUGCAGACAAGAACUAAGAUAGCAGAGACUGAGGUACUGGGGACCCAGGAGAUAGCUAGGGAUUUGGGGCCACUGAAGAUAGAAGAUACGAUAGCAGAAUCUGAGAUGCUGGGGACCCAGGAGACAGAGGUGGAAGCUUCUAGGGUACCAGAGACAGAGGCUAAGAGGACAGAGGCUAAAAUAUUAGGGACCCAGGAGAUAACAGCUAGGGAUUCAGGGGUCCCAGAGAUAGAAGCUGAGAUAGCAGAGUCUGAUAUAUUGGUAGUCCAGGAGAUAGAGGUGGGGCUUUUGGGGGUUCCGGGAAUAGAGACUGGGACAGCAGAAGGUGCGAUAUUGGGGACCCAAGAGAUAGCAUCUAGGGAUUCAGGGGUUCCAGGGAUAGAAGCUGAUAUAACAGGGAUUCAGGGGAAAGAGGUUGGGGGUUCAGAGGUUCCAGAGAUAGAGACUGGGACAGUAGAAACUGAGAUAUUGGGGACCCGAGAGAUAGCAUCUAGGAGUUCGGGGGUCCCAGGGCUAGAAUCUGAGGUAGCUGGGGCCCAGGAGACAGAGGUGGGGGAUUCAGGGAUCUCAGAGGCAGAGGCUGGAAUGGCAGAGGCCCAAGUACUGAUGACUCAAAAGACAGAAAUUAUAGUUCCAGAGGCUGAGAAGGAAGAGGCUCAGACUUCGGGGGUCCAGGAAGCAGAGACUGAAGUUGGGAGUGCUCUCAAAUAUGAGGCUUUAAGGGCCCCAGUCACUCAGCCAAGAGUUUUAGGAUCCCAGGAAGCAAAAGCAGAGAUUUCAGGAGUACAAGGGUCAGAGAGUCGAGUUCUGAGCGUCCAGGAGGAAGAGGCUGGGGUUUGGAGGAUGUCAGAGGGAAAAUCUGGGGCUUGGGGGGCCCAGGAAGCAGGGAUGAAGGUUUUAGAGUCUCCAGAGAACGAAUCUGGUACUUUUAAGGCCCAGGAAGUGGAGGCUGGGGUCCUGGGAAAUAAGAAGGGGAAAGAAGCUGAGGGAAGCCUCGCAGAGGCCAGCCCGCCCGAAGCACAGGUGGCCAGUGGGGCAGGGGCUGGGGCACCCAGGGCCUCUUCCCCAGAAAAGGCUGAAGAGGACAGGAGGCUGCUGGGCAGCCAGGCAACACCUGCCGUGGUCAGCUCCAGCCAGUCCCUGCUGGAGUGGUGCCAGGCAGUCACCGCUGGCUACCGUGGUGUUCGAAUCACCAACUUCACCACAUCCUGGCGCAACGGCUUGGCCUUCUGUGCCAUCCUGCACCGAUUCUACCCAGACAAGAUUGAUUAUGCCUCCCUAGACCCACUCAACAUCAAGCAGAACAACAAGCAGGCCUUCGAUGGCUUCGCGGCUCUGGGCGUGUCGCGGCUGCUGGAGCCAGCGGACAUGGUGCUGCUGUCGGUGCCCGACAAGCUCAUCGUCAUGACGUACCUAUGCCAGAUCCGCGCCUUCUGCACCGGGCAGGAGCUGCAGCUGGUACAGCUGGAGGGCGGCGGCGGCGCCGGCACGUACCGCGUGGGCAGCGCCCAGUCCAGCCCGCCCGACGACCUGGACGCCGGAGGCCUGGCGCAGCGGCUGCGCGGUCACGGGGCCGAGGCGCCCCAGGAGCCCAAGGAAGCCGAAGACCGUGCGGACGGGGCGGCCCCGGGGGCGGCCUCCAGGAACGCGGACACGGGCCGCGCCUGCAAGGACAGCGGGGCCGAGGUCCCCCGAGAGGCGCGACCCGCGGAGGUCCCGGUCGAGGGGCUGGUGAACGGGGCGGGGGCGCCGGGCGGUGGCGGCGUGAGGCUGCGACGGCCCUCGGUCAAUGGGGAGCCCGGGCCGGUGCCCCCGCCCCGCGCGCACGGCUCCUUCUCCCAUGUGCGCGACGCCGACCUGCUCAAGAAGAGGCGCUCAAGGCUGCGGAACAGCAGCUCCUUCUCGGUGGACGAUCCGGACGCCGGAGCCGCGGGAGCUGCGGGAGCUGCGGCUGCAGAAGGCCCAGCCCCUGACCCCAGCUCUGCCCUGGGCCCACCCACAGCUGCAGCCUCUCAACAGCCCCCUGGUGGGAGUCCCCUCUCGGAGGAGCCACCCCCAAGCCCAGGGGAGGAGGCUGGGCUGCAACGGUUCCAGGACACAAGUCAGUAUGUGUGUGCAGAGCUGCAGGCCCUGGAACAGGAGCAGAGGCAGAUAGAUGGGCGGGCGUCUGAGGUGGAGACGCAGCUGAGGAGCCUUAUGGAGUCAGGUGCCAACAAGCUGCAGGAGGAGGUGCUGAUCCAGGAGUGGUUCACCCUGGUCAACAAGAAGAACGCUCUUAUCCGGAGGCAGGACCAGCUGCAGCUGCUCAUCGAGGAGCAGGACUUGGAGCGAAGGUUUGAGCUGCUGAGCCGCGAGCUGCGGGCCAUGCUGGCCAUCGAAGACUGGAAGAAAACGUCUGCACAGCAGCACCGAGAGCAGCUCCUGCUGGAGGAGCUGGUGUCGCUGGUGAACCAGCGUGACGAGCUGGUCCGGAACCUGGACCACAAGGAGCGGAUCGCCCUGGAGGAGGACGAGCGCCUGGAACGCGGCCUGGAACAGCGGCGCCGCAAGCUGAGCCGGCAGUUGAGCCGGCGGGAACGCUGCGUGCUGAGCUGAGGCCACCGGCCUGGGUGGUCCAUAAUUUUUCGCACCCCCGGCGUCCGCCGCUGCCCUGGGCCUGCGCUGCGGAGGACCCGGCCGUCCCGGAUACCGCGCGCGUGUCCGCUAGGGGCCGCCGGCGCGCUUCCCGGGACGGGGCAGGGCGGAUCCUGGACCCCACGGGCGGGGCGGCCGCCGUAUUUAUUUGUCACCGAGUGUGUGUGUGCGCUCGCGGCGGUGCGGGGUCCUCCCCGACGGCACGGCCGGGCCGGCAGCCUCGGGGAGAGGGAUGCCUGGGCACUGCCGCCCCUCGCCGGCUUGCCCUCCUGUUCUCCAGAGCAAUAAAGUUGGACGAGGCUACCCCA